CUGCAAAGUAUAAAAGGAAGAGAGAUUUAUGGUGGAUUUUCCAGUUGGAAUUUGCAAAUAUGCAAAGAAUUAUUAUCAGUGCAUUUGGAAUUUUGUGCUUGGUUUUUGCAAUUUAUUGCACUGAAACCAAGAAUUCUACCCAAAGCAAUGCCAAUAAAAGUGAAGUCUUCAAAAUUUACUGGAAUGUUCCAACGCAUCUGUGUAAAAAUCACAUAAAACAUAACGUUACAUUUGAUCAACUCUUAACAGAAUUGAACAUAAUUCACAAUAUUAAUGAUUCCUUCAGAGGAGAAAAAUUCAACAUUCUUUACAGUCCUGGAUUGUGGCCAUCGCUUGAGCAUAACAAAUCUGUAAAUGGAGAAAUGCCACAUCAUGGAAAUCUAAGCUUACAUUUAACAGAAUUGAAGAAUUAUGUUAAUCAUAAUAUCAGUGAUAAUUUCACUGGUUUAGCAGUGAUUGAUAUGGAAUCUUGGCGUCCAAUUUUCCGACAAAACACCGGAUGGAUGACCAUUUAUCGCGAACGUGUAUUUGAUGAACAAUUCGAAGGCAAUCUUAAGGAGUUGGAUAAAGAAGAAAAUAAGUCUUUUCGCAAUUAUAUAUUCAAGAAGGCUGCUGAAAUAUUUGAACCCAUGGCGAAGAUGUUCAUGAACGAGAGCAUCGCCUUAGUGAAGAAGUUAAAAUCAAAUGCGCACUGGGGAUAUUAUGGCUUUCCCUAUUGUUUCAACAUGAGAUCAAAUGAUAGAAAUGAAAGUUGCCCGGAAAUUGUCCAGAAGGAGAAUAACAGGACUGACUGGCUAUUUAAGUCCUAUGAUUACUGGUUUCCUUCCGUCUACAUUUCCAAUGAUAACUUCACAGAAGAUGAACGCAGACAACUUGUAAGCGGAAGAGUGACUGAAUACAACAGAGUUCGUAAAUUUAGCAACAGUAAGGCAGAGAUUUAUCCUUACGUUUGGUUCCUUUACAAUCUCCGCGAUGAAUAUCUGAAUGCGACUGAUAUGAAAAUGACACUGGAAACCCUCAAAAAUGGCACAAUGAAUGGGGCCGUGAUUUGGGGCUCGUCGGCCAAUAUUAAGAAUGAAACAAUGUGCCAAAAUCUUUAUAAUUAUGUCAAUGGAACACUAAGAUCAGUUCUACAAGAAUUAAAAUUAAUUAAUAAUUCACUACAAGUAUAA